GGGGGAAGAGAGAGAGAGAGAGGGAGAGGACAUUGGCGAGAUCUCGGGAGAUGGAGGGCGAGGAGAACCGGAGGGAGCAGACGCCAGGGAGCGCGAGCCAUGGAGGUGGGAAGGUGUGCCACCGGUGCGGGUGGGUGUACCCCAACCCGCACCCCAGCAAGAAGCACCGGACGGCCCACCGGAAGCACUGCAGCGCCACGGCCUCGGGGCUGUCGGAUGGAGCCGCCGACGUAGCCGCAGCCGUGGAGGUGAAGAAGGCGCCUCCUGAGCAACUCUCCGAUGAGGACCCGAGGAAUGUGUCUGGAGAGGAGGUGGUGGAGGAGGAACCAAAGCCGGAGGGGGAAAAAGGGAGAGGAAUGGGCCAAUCUGGAGUAGACGUCGAAGAACCGUGUAAAGGUGCGAUCUUGGAGGCCGACGUCGCCGAUUAUUCUCCCGAAUCAGAUGCUUCAUGUCAUGGCAACAAGGUUCUGAGUUCUGAUGUGGAAUCAACGGCAAGUCAACUGGAUGACACAAUACACUUGGACAAUGAUUCAGUCACAUGCCGAGGUGAUAAGGUCUGUACAAUGGAAGGGACAGAUAGUUCAUCUGAGUCCCCUUUGACCAAAGGAUUUUGCCUAGAUGCUUUGGAGGAAAUGGAUCAUGCUGCAGUUCAAAAUAUGGUAGAUAGUGCUACUGUAGAAGAUAAUAUAAUCAUUGGAAACUAUGUAGAAGACAAAUUAGAUAUGCAGAUUCCUGGCCCGCAGAUCCUACCUCAUGGUUCUUGUGCUAAUUCCUCGCUGACAAACUCUGAGUUUCAGAGGAUAGACAAAUCCAUGGAGUUUAGCAUGAUUGUAGAUCAAGCAAACGCAAUAACCACACUGGUUUCUGGUCUUCCUGAUGAGGUUUCGGCAAAUACAAUGGAAUUUGAAUCAGUCAUCUGCACUUCACCAGAUGAGAAGACUGAUGUUGCAGGACAAAUCUCCCAAGUUCAACCAUUCUGCAAUGAUGGGCCAUCCAUGGGGUUUAGCAUGAUUGUAGAUCAAGCAAAUGCAAUAACUACACUGAUUUCUGGUCUUUCUGAUGAGGUUUCGGCAAUUACAAUGGAAUUUGAAUCAGUCAUCUGCACUUCACCAGAUGAGAAGACUGAUGUUGCAGGACAAAUCUCCCAAGUUCAACCAUUCUGCAAUGAUGGUUCAUGCAAUUUGGAGAUUACUGAUGGUGAACUCUUUGAGACUCCUACUCAUUUAUCAGCAUGUGGUUAUCAGAUUGCAUUGCAUGCUAACUCACCAGUAGAUGGAAAUGACCCGGAGUGUCUGCAUUCAUUACCAAUAUCAUCAAACAUGCUUUUGGUUGAAUAUACCAAGGUGAAAAUUGAGUCUCUUGAAGACUCUUGGUUGGUGGAACCUGAUCUUACAAUUUGUGCAAAUGCUGAAGCAGGAAGCAACAUAGGUAGACAUGUAAUUGAUGAGUUGUCAGUUGUAGAAUCAGAUAAAAAUGCCAAAAGUAUUUCUUCAACCUUGCAAGUUAAUGUCAAUGAGAUGGAAAGGGAUGAGUCAAAUGAUGAACGCAACUGUCAGGAUAUGAACAGUGAUAGGUCUCAGGUGGUCAAUGAAUUUGAAUUUGAAGAUGGGGCAUCAGCGAAUAAGUUUGAAGGUCCGAAAGGAGAAUCAGAUUGGCUUAAAACACCUGAACAAGUUCCAAGUGUAAACAAGGCAAUGGAUUUAGAUGAUCGAGUACCUAAUUCAUGUGAAACUUGUUACCUGUACAAAGGAAAGGGUACCAACCUAUCUCAUGAAGGAAUCUCAGCUGAUAAUUUGAGGGUUGCAGAUUCUGCUGUCUCGCUUUCUGGUAUGAGCCAAUUUAGUGCAACAUCUGAAAUAAGUAAUAAUAGUCAAAUUGUUAGACAAGGAACAACAGAAAUAAACAUUGAUGCUCUGGUUGAGGAUAAAAAUCUUGAAAUGUUUAAAGAAAAUAAUAUGGAUUUAAAAACAAAUUCUCAACCUGAAGGUCAUACCACAGAAUUGGAGCCUCCAACCAGAGAUGAUAUUGGAAGGACAGAAUUGCAGAACAACGAGGAUGUAAUUGUUGCAGAUAGUGUCUUAAGCUUAACCCAAGAGGAUUUCAGCUUCAGGUGUUUACGUAGUGUUUUGAAUAAUUACUUGGAUCAACAGGAUGUCCAAGAAACUCCUGUAGAAAGAUUCAAACAAAAUGCUGAUCUCGAUGAAACAAUUGAUCAGUCUCAGAGGCAAGCAGAAGCUUUUUUCAAGGAAGAAAUUUCAGAGAAUGGGCUUCCUAGUGAGCAUUAUGAUACACUGUAUCCCAACAAAGAUGAAACUAACAAAAUGGAGACUACAUGUGGAUAUCAACUGGAACUGCAGAAUGUUUUUGUGGUUGGAAGCAUUAACCAUGUUAGCAGUGACAAGAAUAACUCAUAUAACCCAUUUGUUACAGAAAUGGAUCAUGUGCCCACUGCUGAAAAAGAAUAUAGUCUUCUCACCAUACUCGAGGACGAACCAAACACAAAUGCUCACAGUAAAGCUGGUUUGUGCCAUGAUGAUGAAGAAAUCCUUAAAACUGAGGAAUGCUCUGAAUCGAAAGUUGAUGUGCGAUCUUUUAUUGGAAAGCCUGGCAAUGAUUAUGACUCAAAAACUAGUGAUAGAUCUGGAGUUGCUCCUAGCAUCUUUUAUCAGUCUUCAAAAGAGGAAGAUGUUCAUGACAAAUCUAUGCAACAAAAUGAGUUUUAUAUUGAAAAGGUAGAUUACUCGAUCAAUUCAAACAGCCAAACCGGCAACAUUGAUGCAGUUUCAGAAUCUGUUCCAGAUGGAGCAAUACCAUCCUUGAGUAGUGCAAUGGAGGAAGGGUCCAAUUUUGAUGCAGAAGUUUCACCACCCACAGAUUCUCUCGUCACUAGGGAUCUACACACUUCUGAUCCAACAACAGAAGGUACUACUCACAAAAGCAAUCUCGAUCACAAUGAUACAUUGGAAGAACCUUCUGAUCCAGCAGCAGACUCUCUCGCCACUAAGGAUCUACACACUUCUGAUCCAGCAACAGAAAGAACUAUUCACAAUCUCGAUCACAAUGAUACAUUGGAAGAACCUUCCUUGAUACCCCUUGUGGAGCCAGAGCAGAAAUCAGAUUCUAUUGAGAACAAAUCAGUCCAUGAUUCCAAAGAUGAACCGGAAGGAAGAAAUAUCAAAGAGGAGAACACUGCCGGCAAAGUGCCAGACUCGAAUGCUGGAAAACCACAUGUUAUGCUGAAGAAUCUCCUUGCUGAAGCAGAACUAGAGAGUAAACAGGAGGCAACCGGCAGCCAAGGGUACAAUGCAUCACCGUCGUCCAAGAGAAGUUGUGGGGGUUCACAAGAUGAUGGACAAUCACUGAGAACAGCAAUAUCCGAUGGGCCCCUCGAUACUCAAGCAGAUCACAGGGAAUGGAACUCUCCUGCUAGGCUCCCUGUCACCAAGCAUGAGAAGAAGAAAGCAAAAGGAAGGCAAUCUUGGGUACCAUUCAUUUGCUGUCCCUCUGUGAACUGAGUUCAUAUGCAGGAAAUGGAACAUUGUUGUCAUUCUGUAUCCUAUUUCUAUCGAAAAUGAGAUAUCAAGAUAUUGCAAGUUAGUUGUAAGUAUUAGACCUAGAUAACAUGAUACUCUUCUUUUUGCUUUGUUUUUUUGUAAAAUCCAGUUGAUAAUUCUUACUACAUUGGUAUUUGGCAUCAGUUUCUUUGUGAUAAA